AUGAACUGUCAAAUUGUGUUGUCGAUAAGAGCAGUCGAACCUCAUUUCCCCACCGAACAUUUCCUAACCUUUAUACCGAAACUUGCUUACGUAAUAAUGUCUUCUUUCGCUCUCUCUAAUAUAAUUAACGGUCCAACAGAAGAAAUAACCGCGUCGGUUAAUAAUGAUAAUAACCAAAGCGAUCCCAACAUCAAUUCUCAUGGUAAUAGAGCCAGAACACGAAAUUACAUGUGUGAUACUUGUGGCAGAGGCUUCGGCCGUUUAGAACAUAAGAACCGUCACAUUAGAACUCACACAGGUGAGAAGCCACACAAAUGUAAUUGGAACGGGUGCGAAAAGAAAUUUUCGAGAUCCGACGAGUUAUCGAGACAUAAGAGAAUUCAUGAAAACGCGUUUAAGAGAAGAGACCGAAACAAAAAGACAAUCGCUUUGUCGUUUAGAAAUUUGACGGCUUACAUACAUAAUCAGUCACAAAAUGAGAAUAAUUCAAUAACCUACAUUUUCGCUGAAUCAACCACCAAACCCAACUCUUCAUGGCAAAAACCAUUUAAUUGCCCCACCGAAGGGUGCACCAAGUCAUUCUCACGUCAUGGUCAUCUUUCUAGACAUGUUCAGUCCUGCCAAUCAAACAAAAAGCGUAAAGAAACCUCGGAGAAAUCAAUCACACCACCAAGUUCAGAUGUAGAAUCCGCAGCAGUUUCACCAGAGUUGCGUCCUACAAAUCAACCAGAGCCCAUUUUUGUUACUCCGACACCUGUAUAUGCGAAACCCCAACCAGUGGAAUGUUCAAUGAGGUCAUAUCCUACCGUACCUGCUCAACUAUGGACACACCCGAAUUUGCAACCAACUUUGCAUCAUAGUCAUAGUAUCCGUGAAAUCAUGGAGUGUCCAUUAGAAAUCGGCGCCAAACGGACCCUUCCGCCACCAAUUUCGGAUGCUUAUAAUACAAUGGAGAAGAAAUUACCCUCUCUUUCUCUUUGGUAA